CACCGCCCCUCUCUCCAGCAUCCAUCUCUCUCAAAUCUCUCAACGCAGCAGCUAAACUCGCUGCUUAAUUACUCCACAGUCGACAGGCUCCCGGCGACACUGCGAUCGAUCGAUGGACGCCGUCGACGCCGCCUCCCCGUGUGAUGGGCACAGGACGGUGUGGUCGGAGCCGCCGAAGCGGCCGGCCGGCCGGACCAAGUUCAAGGAGACGCGCCACCCGCUGUACCGCGGCGUGCGGCGACGGGGCCCCGCCGGCCGGUGGGUGUGCGAGGUGCGCGUGCUCGGGAUGAGGGGCUCCAGGCUCUGGCUCGGCACCUUCACCACCGCCGAGAUGGCAGCGCGCGCGCACGACGCCGCCGUUCUCGCGCUCUCCGGCCGCGCCGCUUGUCUCAACUUCGCCGACUCCGCCUGGCGGAUGCUCCCCGUCCUCGCCGGCCCGUUCAGCACCGCCAAGGAGAUCAAGGACGCCGUCGCCGUCGCCGUCCUGGCGUUCCAAAGGCAGCACCCGGUCGCGUCCAUGGCACCAUUGUCCCCUGCGCGGACAACCGAUGACGAGAAGGAAAUCGAUGGCUCGCCGGCGCCGAGCGCCCUGUUCAUGUCCAGCGAGCUGUUGAAUGAGCACUGGUUUGUCGGCAUCGAUGCCGGAUCGUGCUACUCGGAGGGCCUGUUCAUGGAGUCGCCGGACACCAGACCGUGGCGGGAAGACCUCGAGCUCGGUGGCGUCGAGACACCGCCAUGGAGCUACUUGUUCGACUAAAGUAGUUAAAAGUUUGUAGAUGGUUUCUCUCUUCUGUUCCACCAAAUACGGGAGGAAACAGAUGGGGAUAUUUUUCUCUACUACUGUAGUACACGAUUUUUUGAAUAUUUGAAUCUGCCAUCUUCUCUCAUGUUUUACCGGCCACAUCUAGGAUGGAAUCAUCUGUGGCCGUCAACUUAUUAAAUCGAACGGCCUGUAUCAUCCGGAUUCGUCACCCACGUAAUCCCGCCAAACCUGAAAACGAGCCGCCCUUCUAGAGAAUUCCACAACCCACGGUAGCCUCCAGGCUCUGGCAAAUCGAUUCCCCGCCAACCUCCUCAUGCUGAUCUUUCCCCUGUAAUCUGGAUGCUCCGUAUCCAGUAUUUCAAUUUCUCUAGCCCGCGGGUCACACACCUCCAGCUCCAUUGGUCCACCCCCCGUCCACACACCCAGCACGGCAGCACCUCCGAAUCACCUCCACGUCCAGAGUGCAUUUCCAGCCCCGUCUCCUUGCAGUCUCUGGCUUGCUUCGAAAUUUGUUUGCGCCUGGUGAUUCCAGGCUCAGAGGAGUUGGACAUCCAUCUACGGCCAGGUGACCACAGGUUGUGGUUGAAAACACUUGGCUUACAAAAUCAAGUAAAAUCGACAAGAUGGAAGGCCGGGUUCCCUUCAGAGAUAUUACAAAUGUUCACCCGACAACUUCACCAAAAGGGAACUAUUCUAUCGUUGGAGAGCAGAAUGAUCCUUUAGUUGAAACCAAAAAUGCUACAUAAAUGAAUUCUUCCCAGCGCAAGCGUUACCGUGACCGGGACAGAUAUCUGCAAAUGACUCCAUAUCAGAGGGAAGCCUAUUUGCAAAGGAAUCGUGAGUACAAAAGAAUGAGGCGUGAGUGCAGCGCAAGUUGUAGCAAUACACAACCAACACCCCAGCAGAAAACUACAAGAGCUAAUAAGAACAUAUGCAUGACAGGAAAGGAAGUCGUGGCCAGUUCAAACUAUGAGAAGCAUGAUUCAGUAUUUACUCAACUGGGGCCUUCAUCAAAAGGAAAACAAGUGGCGGAUGUUGGUGGUUCUGGCACAAGUCGUCCAAAAGCUGGAACUCGAUUCACCAUCAGUCCAUCUGGCAUAUAUUUAUCAUCAAUAUCCUCGGCUAUAUGGAGGAUUUAUAGGGAUGCAAGGUUUAUAUCACCUCCAGAGGCUAUAUGGAGGAUUUAUUCUUUCAAUCUAAGUGAGAUGUCACCUCCAGUUUUGCAGUUACAGGUCCAGUUCCUUCCACGAAUUCCUCUCUAUCCUUCAGAGGAUGAUAUUCUCCCCUUCAAGUUCAAAAGAAAGCAAUUUCCAAUUCGGCUUAGUUUUGCCAUGACAAUCAACAAAGCCCACGGUCAAACCAUCCCAAAUGUUGGCAUCUAUCUUCCUGAGCCGGUGUUCUCUCAUGGCCAACUCUAUGUCGCUCUAUCUAGAGGGAUAUCAAGACAAACAACUAGAGUACUUGCAAAGCCAAAUAAGGAUAUUGACCCAUCAGGGAAAAGCACAAAAAAUAUUGUCUACAGGGAUGUUUUGGUAUAAUUCAUGUACAUGCUGUGUAUUGCCGUGUGAUGUUUCUAAUAUGGUUGUAUUCCUGUAAAUAGUACUACCCAGGAAAUAUAAUGUCAUAUAGGGUUUCAGUCA